GUGAACUCUCUGGACGACAGCGGGGUGCUGGUGGGGAACUGGACCGGGGAUUACUCGCAGGGCACGAACCCCUCGGCCUGGGCCGGCUCCGUGGCGAUCCUGCGCAGCUUCCACGGCUCCGGCGCGCCCGUGAACUCUCUGGACGACAGCGGGGUGCUGGUGGGGAACUGGACCGGGGAUUACUCGCAGGGCACGAACCCCUCGGCCUGGGCCGGCUCCGUGGCGAUCCUGCGCAGCUUCCACGGCUCCGGCGCGCCCGUGCGCUACGGCCAGUGCUGGGUGUUCGCCGGCGUCGUCACCACCGGUGGAACCCCGGAUUUUUUGGGCUCCCAGGUGAACUCUCUGGACGACAGCGGGGUGCUGGUGGGGAACUGGACCGGGGAUUACUCGCAGGGCACGAACCCCUCGGCCUGGGCCGGCUCCGUGGCGAUCCUGCGCAGCUUCCACGGCUCCGGCGCGCCCGUGCGCUACGGCCAGUGCUGGGUGUUCGCCGGCGUCGUCACCACCGUGCUGCGCUGCCUGGGCCUGCCCACCCGCACGGUCACCAACUACAACUCGGCGCACGACACCGACACGUCGCUGACCACCGACAUCUACCUGGACGAGGCCAUGCGGCCCCUGGAGCGCCUCAACACCGACUCCGUGUGGAACUUCCACGUGUGGAACGACUGCUGGAUGAAGCGGCCGGACCUGCCCGAGGGCUACGACGGCUGGCAGGUGGUGGACGCCACGCCGCAGGAGACCAGCAGCGGCCUGUUCUGCUGCGGGCCGUGCUCCGUCACCGCUGUCAAGAACGGCGACGUUUUCCUCAAGUACGACACGCCCUUCGUCUUCGCCGAGGUGAACAGCGACAAGGUGUACUGGCAGCGGCAGCCGCACGGCGGAUUCGCCGUGGUGCACGUGGAGGAGGGCGCGAUCGGCCGCAGGAUCAGCACGCUGGGGGCCGGCUCUGCGGCCAGAGUGGACAUCACUGACCAGUACAAACACCCCGAGGGCUCGGAGGAGGAGCGCCGCGCCGUCUCCUCCGCCACUUCGCACGGCUCCCGUCCCCGGCAGCGCGGCCCGGCCUCGGCCGGCGAGGUGACGCUGACCGUCGGCGCCGCUCCGGCCGUGGCCGGAGCCGAGCUGGAGCUGCGGGCGGCCAUCAAGAACCAAGGGCUGGAGCCUCGGACGCUGCGGCUGCGCUUCUCCCUCUGCGCCGUCCGCUACACCGGCGUGGCCGGAGCCGCCUUCCGGCAGGAGCAGCACCGCCGGACGCUGCCCCCGGGGACCCAACCGCCACUGGAGGACACGGUGACCAUGGCGGUGAGCUACGCCGAGUACCAGCCGCAGGUGGGGGACCGGGACGCGCUGAAGCUGACGGUGGCGGCGGCCGUGCAGGAGACGGGGCAGGUGCUGGCCAGGGAGCUGCUGGUGCGGCUGCACACGCCCGAGCUCACGCUGACG